GGUCAAUGUCAUUACUGCACGGUGUCGUUGUUUUCUUAUCUCUUAUGUGCAGAGUUACAUCCCUUGAAACAAUGGCGUGUCUCGGGGAAGAAUUUACGAAGAAAUCUGAUCUUAUCUGAUAUAAUCGAGGCAAAGGUGAUAUAACAAAUUUGCAUUUGGUCAACAGACUUAGCAACUGAGCAGAUAUAUGUGUUUUCCUGGAUAUAAAGAGUAGUUUGUACUCGGAUAUAAGCAGAGCUAGUACGGUCAUGGAUGAGCGACUUCUUGGAAAGGCUGUGGAAUACCACGGUCCAGACUUUCUACGGCAGUUGCAACUAGAGCAGGAAAAGGUGCCCGCAAACAUAUUCCUGCAUUUACAGAACCACCGACCACAAGUUCCGGAGAUCAAUGACCCCACAUUUAUCAUGAACAUGAGGAGAUUUGUAUCCAAGAAGGCGGACAUUCUGUUUAAGCCCUAUGAAAUGUUGGAGAUGAAAUCGUUAGACCCGACUGAUGACGAAGAUUCCUAUGCCAAGAUGCCCCCUAUUGAGACUUUCAUGGGUCUAGACAAGCAGUCAGCAAGGACACAUUUCUACUAUAGCAUAGCGUCGGGUGAUUUUGUGAUUGGAGUUGUAUCAUCCAUCGUGGACAGUGGACUGCUGCUGCAGUUAUUGUGCUGUGAUGGUAGCAAGAACAGAGACAUUGAUGAUCUCAACAUAUCCUGCUUUGUGCCAUGCAAGGAAAUUCCGAAGAUGUUCCCUACCCAGAAUCCUGUAGAGGGGUAUCAAGUGAAGGAUUUCAUUCGAGGUAUGGUGGUCAACGUUAACCCGGAGAAUGAGAAUGUACUCAUAUCCCUGAUUGACAGGGGCAAAACAGAGGGAAAGGAAUCUGCGCUUACACUGGGGCUGAUCCACGAAGAAGACUUCCCUGUCCAAUAUAGGCGAAAGCUUCAUAUUCGAGGACUUACAUUCGACGAGCUUGUAAACUCUAUUCUAGGGUUUGCAAACCCUGGGAAUGUUACCUACCUGCUUACUUCACUGAGGCAAACCCAUGAAUCGUCUAUGAUGCGUGGUCUUCACCGAUUGGAAAUACCAGAGAAGGAAUAUGCAGAGAACUUGAAGAAACAACAAUCACAGAAAUGGGCCUAUCAAUGUGUGGCAGAGGGCGUGGCCUUCUUCAAGGAAGGCAAGGAGACGGAGGCAAUGCAGAAGCUGAACAAGGCUCUGCAGAUCGACACCAACAACGUGGAGGCACUUGUUGCUCGGGGGGCUCUGUAUGCAAACACAGAGAAUUACUCCAAGGCUCUACAGGAUUUUGAGGAAGCCUUGAAAUUUAACUCUAAACAUCCAAAUGCAAUCAAGUACAUGCAUGAAACUCUCCUGGCUAAGGGAAAACUACACGAGGAUGAGAAGGAUUAUGGCCAGGCAAAGGAGUGCUACCAGCGAGCCCUGGACAUGAUGCCUGAAAGCCAGGAGGCCAGGGAAUCCCUGAGAUAUGUCCAGUACAAGAUGGACAAAGCGGAGGGAAAGUUAAACAAAGAAGAACGUAAAGAUGAACGCAAGAAGGAACGCACGCCUUCCCCUGUGUACAAGGAAGAUCCCGACCCCUCACUGCCCUUCAAAGAGACCACAGAUACAUUGAAGAAACUGAUACGAGAUGAGCACAGGUCUAGAAAAAGGCAUGCCUACGACAGCAGACUUCCAGAGGAAGAGAAAAUCGAUCAAAAACCCAGAAAGCACAGGUCAAGGUCAUCCUCGAGUAGGUCAAGGUCAGGGAGUCUUUCAAGGUCAAAGGUCAAAUCAAAAGGUCAUAAAGAGGAGUAUAGCAAAGAUUCUAAGACCUUUACACGCAAGUCAAGGUCACCAAAAUAUGAGUAUGGAAAAGAAAGGGAUGCGUCGGAGUACUUUGACUAUUCUCUGAAGAAGGUCAGAAGAUCUGGAUUCAGGGAGAGUCCAACAAGAAAUAUGUUGCCGGAGAAAGACAUCGAGAGAAGUAGCUACCAAAGAAGCUCCGAGAAAAAAGAUUUUGAUCCUCGGAAAGGAUACCAUGCUGACAGGGAGAGGUACAUGGAAAAGGGCAUCAGGAAAUCAGAGACUCCAGAACGGAGAAGUUCCAAGAAGGAAAGCCAGUCUCCAAGGGAUCUUGCAGGCGGCUUGAAUCCUGUGAGAGUGAAAAGAGAGAGCAGACGAAGCGAAACCCCAACCAAGGACGAGGUUGCAGAUCGACUUGGGUUGGAGGAUAUUUCGCCAGAAGACCACAAUGCAAGGAAUGAGGACUACAAGCUAUUGCUUUACAGGAAAAGGGAAGAGGAUUACAAGUUUAGGGAGGCGCAGAAACGACGCGAAAGUGGCGAGUAUUUUGAAAAGGAUAGGAGUGGGAGAGAUAGGGCUGGAAGAGGGGAUCAAUUUUUAUCUGAACGUGGAAUGGCUAAGAAUGCAAGUGCUGACGGUGACAGGCAGGAAAGCAGGGGAUCAUACGAAAGAAGGUGGUAUGAUCCGUCUCGCGAGGAAAGAUAUCCUGGUGGAGAAACAUCGGGGAGGUUACGAGAGAAAGAAGAAGCGGAGUAUGCUGAAAGAAGAAUUGUUUCCAUUGAUAAAAGAAAUAAAGCGGAUUGGGAGGACCGUGAGUAUGAUUCCAAGGACAGAAACAUGGCUUCAAAUGAGCAGCGCUCUUCUAGGGACAACAGGCAUUAUCACGAGACCGACUCGCCAAGUCUUGAAAAACGAGGAAUUGUGCUCGGCAAAGGGUCUUCGAGAAAAGAUUCAAAGUCACCAAGGGAUAUUGGAGAUAGAAGCCUGCAGAAAACUUUUUCAUAUCCCAGAAGUAGGUCAAGGUCACCGGCACAAGAUGGGAAGUCGCCAGUUAGAGUGAUCAAGAUGAAGCCUAAAGGUCAGGAUAUUUCCCAAGGCAACAAAGGUCAAGACCAGGUUGAAGCCCAGAGCAGCAAAGGUCAAGAUGAAGAAGUAAAACCAAAGGAUGACAUUUUCCGCGAGAGUGGAGAGCCAGCUCAUGAUGCUGACAAAGCUAAGAAUCAGUUUGCUACAUAUGUUCCCAGGUCUGUUAAGCUUAAAAACAACCCCGAGAAAAGUCAAAAUCCAGAACGACUUCCGUCAGGUGACCAGAUCACUUAUGAUGAUGGCAAGGGACAAAUGCCUUCAAAAGAGAAUGCUAACCACUUUGAAAGGCAUCCAUCAAAGGAUGACAGUGAGCAUUUAUUGGAAUCAAGAACUGUAAAGAUGAAACCACUUUCGGAACUGAAUGUGGACAACGAUCCUAGAUUCAAAUUCCAAGCCAUCAGAACACCAGACCAAAAAAGGCCAAGUUCAAGGCAUUCAUCAUCUCGCGAGGGAUCCCGAAGUGGCAAGGCCAAAUACGACCCUUUUAGACGCUCUGAAUCUAGGUCAAGGUCACAAAGCGUCGACAUGCAAAGGUCGCAGACAUCAAAGACGCGGAGAAGUAGCAGUGAGAGCUCAAGAUCGAGAAGUCGCAGUCGUAAGAAGUUAAGAUCUCGAAGCGGAAGUUCUAGCUCCGGGGACAGUAGAUCUGGCGGAAGACGCAAGCGAUCCAGGUCUGAUUCUAGAGACGCUUACAGCAAAAGGUCAAGGUCAGAAAGUAGGUCACCUUACAGUAAAUCAAAGAGUCCAGGUGGAAAAAGGUCGGAGCCUGUUGUUGUACCAGAAAUCGUGAGUCGAUGGGAUAGUCCAAAGGAGAAAAAAAGUAGGUGGGAAGGUCAGAAUUUCAAGCCGGAAUCAUUCAAGAAGGUUGAUUCUAAGGUGGAUACAGGCGCUGUUCAAUUAUUUCCUAUUAUUUCCUCAUCUCCACCACCGCAUAGAAGCAUGAAGCCAGAGGAAAAGAAAAAGUUGGACGAGAAAUGGAAGGAGCUGAAACCUUUAAAAUUAGAUCCAGAGGAAAGCAAGCAAAUGGAAUUACAGGACAUUGUAAAACAACGGGCUGCUGAAGUUGCUGCUAAAAUAAGCACUAAGUUCAUCCCACUUCCACCAAGUAAUGAACCAGAUAGAGAGCUGAAAGAGAAAGUUGCUAUGGCUUCAAAAAAGAUAAACCAGUUGAUACAGCCGGAGAAAGAAAGGGAAAAAAAGACAUUCAAAUGGGAGAGCAACUCUGAUAGCGAAGUGGAUGAAAAGAAGAGGAAAUCGGUCGUUAACAAAAGGGAAGAUUCAGUGAAGAAAAGGAGUAGAUCAUCAUCUUCUGAGAGUAGCCGACGCAGUAAAAGGAGGUCAGGCUCAGACAGUCGUUCCCGAUCACGAAGCAGAGACAGGAGAUCUAAAUCACGAUCUGAAAGUAGGAGCAAAAGCAGGAGUAGAAGCAGAAGCCGCAGCAGGAGUAGAGACAGAAGAUACAAGUCAAGGUCCCGAAGCAAGGAUCGACGUAGAUAUAGAAGUCGCAGUAGGUCAAACGAAGGCAGAUCAAGCAAGGAUUAUUAUCGCCGGCGAUCAAACGAGGACAGAAGACGUGACCAAACGGAGUAUUACGGGGGAGGGAGAAGAGGAUCGGGAGACCAGCGGGUAUUCUGGUUUCACAAGAAUAAUGAUUACCAUGGUGAUAAUAAAGAUGGAGGAUACAAGCCAUGGUUACGAGGUGGGAGGGGAAGGGGGAGAUUCCGUGGGGGGUACAGGCCCUGGAUCCCCAGGGGAAGGGGCCGUGGUCGAGGGAGGGGUUGGGUUGAUUACAAUAAACAGGAUUCACACAGUUACCGCAGCGAGGAAAACCAGGGCUGGUCCGAUGAUCAUUACCACCAUGCGGAUGUGAAAUCAAAAUGGGAAAAAGAGGAGGACCAAGUUGAAGAGGAGGAAAGUGGUAAGGGAGAAGAUGGGUCCGAUGCCAUCAAACCACAGGAAACCCUCAAUGAGCUUGAGGAGUUUUAUCACAAGCUGAAGACAGACAAGAAGAGGAAGCCCAUAGAUGUUCCUGAGGAAAAGAAGGAGGUUGCAUAAGUGGUGAUUGGAACUUUCUUACACUUCUGUUAAUUUAGUAUUCAUAAGUGUUUUUGCACUGAUAUUCUUACUGUUUGAAAUGUGCUUCGACAAUUACUUGUUUUGUGAUUUUUCUCUGUUUGCUUUAAAAAAUGUUUAUAUAAUUAUGGUUUAUGAUUGUUUGUUUAGUGACAUUGUAUUAUGGAGGAUUUGGUAGUUGCCAACAACAUUGACCUGCAAUUACUGCAUGGACUGCACAGGCUUAUCUUGGACAAUACUUUACAAACAUGGAUUAAGACUGGUUUUUCCAGAGUACAGUUCAUUAAAAAAAAUGUCAGUAUAGAAAAAGACAUUAGUUUUGUUAGUCAGUAGGAGCAAAAAUUAUAAAUGUUUAGCUGCCAUGGGUUAGUGUUUCUUUAAAUUGUAUAUUUGACAGAAUACAGUACAAAGUAUUGUUUAAAUUUGCCUGUAUGUACCAACUACAUACUUUGCUUAAGUUUUCUGCCAGUCCUCAGUGAGUGCUAUGGGGGACAAUCCUCUUUGGAAUGGAUGCUGUUUUUAAAUCUUUUUAUUAAUCAGAACUUUAAAUAUUUUUUUAUUUUCAGUUAAACUGCUGCCUCUAUAAAAAAAACAUUACAAUUCAUACAAUUAUGUUAAUUAAUUUUAAUUAAUCAAUCAUUGUGUUUUUCUAUUCAUGUUGAUGCAUUUUAGUAAACUUGUUUAGAUUUUGGAUGAAUGACAUUGGACGUUAUACAUGCAUGUAUUUAUGCAUUGGAUGAUAGUUUAGUGAAUAUUUAGUGUUUUAAGUGCCAUUACUUGUUUUAAAUACUUUUUUGCAGCGAAUAUUAUGUUUUAAAGUAGCGAUUGAGAGUUCACUUUCAGCAAUUAACAUUUCAUAAAUCAACCAUUAGUGUAAAAAUAGUCAUUAGCAUAUCUUAAAUACCAUAAACAUGAUGGUAAGUAGAUAUUUGGUAGAAUGAAUAUUUGAUUUGUUUAUUAUGUUAUUUAUUUAAUUUUCAAGAAGGAAUACAUUAAUGUAUGUUAAUUUGUUUAAGGAAGAAACUUAAGAGAUUUUGUCAUUACUUAAACUGCAAGGUUUUACAAGUAAAAUUUGUAUUGAAACUUGCUAAUAACAGGUUGUUGUUUUUAUGCCCCCUAAUGGAAAGAUCGGGGGCAUAUUGUUUUUGGCCUGUCUGUUUGUCAUUCAUUGUGUGUGUCCCAAAACGUUAACAUUGGUUAAAGUUUGGUCAUAACUAUUUUUGAAUAUUGAAGAUAGCAACUUGAUAUUUGGCAUCCAUGUGUAUCUCAUGAAGCUGCACAUUUUGAGUGGUGAAAGGUCAAGGUCAUCCUUUAAGGUCAAAAGUCAAAAAAUGCAAUCCAAGGGAAGUAAAAAGCUUUAUAAGGGAGAUAAUUUCUAAGCCUGCCAAAUGAUAUAUUAAAAUUUUAUUUCAAAGUGACGCAAUAGGGGGCAUUGUAUUUCUGACAAACACAUCUCUUGUUUCUACAUAUAAUCAAGAUAAGAAAUUAAAAUGAAGAAACAAUAGUAUAAUAAUGUCUUCAAAUAUUUAGGUGUUCUAGUUAAAUUAUAAAAAUAUUUAAGUUUACUUUUUAUGUGAUUCUUCGAAAAUAUUGCUUUUUUUAUUUGGAUAACACUUUGUUGGUUUAAAUCCAUUUGAAAAAGUAUGUGUGCAUAUUUCUGAUACCAUUCAAUCAUGUAUGUGUUUUCAACACUAAUCACUUGCCUUUGUAUGUAAUACAGGAAUAAAUUGAUUCAAACUUAA